AUGACAAAAAUCACUGGAAUUCUCUUUUUCUUCACAACUUUCUACGCAGCUGAAGCCUUGAAAUGCUACGAUGGAUGGCAGAUUUGGGGCGAUGUUCGUUUUACUUUUUCUAAAUAUUUAAAAAAAUCAAGAAAAAAAUAUCGCUAGUUUUUGAGGAAGAGAAACAGCUGACAAAAAAUUUGAAACAAAUUUUUUUGAUUUUUUUGCAUUUUUCACCCUAGGAACUCGAAAAAGCAUUUUACUCAGAUUUCUCGGAAAAAUUUCUUUUUAAAUGAAUUUUUUUCAGAAUCCCGUGAACAACGUGACCCUCGUCGAGUGUCUCCCCUUCCACAAAUGCUGCUAUUUUGUCGCGUUCGUUUUGUUUUCAUAAAAAAAGAUUCUCUAAGAACAAUAAAAACUUUACUUUUACCCGAUUUUGAGAAUUUUUAGCCGAGAUAUGAAUUUUUUUGAACUUACGAGAGACAAAAAAAGACCCAAAAUUAGAAAAAGUCGAUAUUUCGAGAACCCUACAGGUUCUUAAGGAUAUCAGGGGGUUUUAUAUGGAAGAGGGCUCUUUGAACUUGAUAAAAUAUAAAAGAUAUGUUGGGAACCCUUAGAAGCUCUUUUUUGAAAAAAGCGUCCACUUUUUCCCGAGUUUCAUCCUAGAUUUUUAUUGAAUUUUGUGGUUUUCUUUGUUUUUCUUGAAAAUUUGGAUUUUUAGGUCGCUUCCUGGAAAUAACUUUGGCUGUUAUGAAAAAUGCCCUCCAGUCGAUCAACCCCAAUGUGGUCCUGACCCAAAAAUCUGGCAUCCAGGUUGGUAGUUUUGAAUAAAAAAAUAAAAAAAUCUUAAGAGUUAUAUUUUUUUGAACAAAAAAAUCAAUGUUGAAUCAUUUUUUUAUUUAAUUUUUCAAACUUUUUGAUGAACCUGAGAACAUUAAUUUGGUCAUAAUUUAGGCUUUUUCCGAAUUUCCUCCAAUAAUCUGAAAAAAAUGAUAUUUUUUUUCUUGAAUUCUAGUUAUUUUAAACUAGGCAGUACCCAAUAUGAUACGUGAUUGAGCGUUGCAGCGCCCUUCGCAACUUGGUAUAGUGGCUAAGAAGUUAGAUUGUUAACCUCAUCAUCAAAGUUCGAAUCCUUCCCGAGUAAAUUUUUUUGCAAUUUUAUUUUUGAGAAAGGAAGAAUUCGACACAGAAAUCGAGCUAGAUUUCUGUUUGAGAAAGAGCUGAUCCACAUAAAUAAAGUAUUUUUCAGAAAAAAAACAAUAUUUUUCAGUAGUUUCAAACCUUUUGAGUAUAACUCUCAAGAGAUAUGAUUAAAUGGAUAUAAGCGUACUUUUCAAAAAAAAAUCUUCAAGUUUUAAAGCUUUGCAGGACAUCGCCUACUGCUACUGCAAGGACAAGAACGACAAGAAGUGCAUGCCUUAUUUCGGGGACAAGAAACGGAGAAAGUAAACAUAUUCCAUUUGUUUUCUGUACAUAAAACUAUAAAUAAAUGUUUAACUUUUUGGUUUAUUCAAAACUCAACGAGUUUCCUGCUCAAAGUCGCGUGUAUUUUAAUGUGAACCGAAGCCGGAGACAGUGCUACAUGAGUCUUUGACAGUUUUCACACAAAAAAAUGGCUUUUCGGACUUCAAAAAUUGAGUUAAAUCUCGCUCUAUUUUUGACCUAAGAUCACCGUUUUCCCUGACAUUAUCUCUAAUAACCUUUCUCUUAAAAAAAACCUCAAAAGUUUCUUUUUUUUUUAACCUCUGAACACACUUUUUGGAUUUUUUCUUCAUCUUACUGUACUGUUCUCUGUUUGAAUUAUCGCUCCAAGGGCUACUUUGUGGAAUUUUUUGAGGAAUUUCGUCAAAACGGUCAAUCUUUCUUCAUAUAUCCGAUUUUUCGCUUCUUCUUCUUCAAAAAGAGUCGAUUUAUAGAAUUUUCAAAUCUUCACAUGAUCAGAAAAUCCAGAGCGGUCCCUAA